UAUUUUGUUGUUGAAAAAGAAAGAGAAAAAGGAAAAGCUAAGCUAAGUCUAUGCAUCUAUAAAAAUGGUGGUCCAAUACACUCUCACUUCUCUUCUCUUACUACCACUUUGUCAUUUUUCUCCCACUCUCUCUCUCUAGAAACCGCACAAACCCGCAGCACAGCUCAAGUAUGUCCCAAGAGCUACUGCUACUGUCUUUGCAACUUGCUCCUAAGCUCCUCCUUCUUCUUCUCAAACGCUGUCGUUUCUUCCUUUCCUUGCAAAUGUUCAAUUCUGCCUUCUUGUUUCUCUCUCUUCCUACCGCAUUGUGAUCUCUCUCUCUCUCUCUCCCCGAUCCAUUCGCAUUUUGUUUUUAUUUUUCAUUUUGUGCUGUUAACGCAUUCAGGAAAACUGGAGAAGGAAGUUAUUUGAAACUCUCACAUGGAGCAAUAUGAAGUACUAGAGCAGAUAGGGAAGGGGUCAUUUGGUUCAGCUCUUCUUGUGAGGCAUAAACAUGAAAAGAAAAAGUAUGUGUUGAAAAAGAUUCGCCUUGCCCGGCAGACUGAUAGGUCACGUCGAUCUGCCCAUCAAGAGAUGGAGCUCAUUUCUAGAAUACGAAAUCCAUUUAUUGUAGAGUACAAGGAUUCCUGGGUAGAGAAGGGUUGCUAUGUAUGCAUUAUCAUAGGUUAUUGUGAAGGGGGCGACAUGGCAGAAGCUAUUAAGAAAGCUAAUGGAAUGCUUUUCCCAGAAGAGAAGCUCUGUAAGUGGCUUGUUCAACUUCUGAUGGCUCUUGACUACUUGCAUGUGAAUCACAUUCUUCAUCGUGAUGUCAAGUGUUCAAAUAUCUUUUUAACGAAGGAACAAGACAUUCGUCUUGGUGAUUUUGGACUUGCUAAAAUAUUGACUUCGGAUGACCUUGCUUCCUCUGUUGUGGGGACUCCAAGCUACAUGUGUCCUGAGCUUCUUGCUGAUAUCCCAUAUGGUUCAAAGUCUGAUAUUUGGUCUUUGGGAUGCUGUAUAUAUGAAAUGACUUCUCUCAAGCCAGCAUUUAAAGCUUUUGAUAUGCAAGCCCUGAUCAACAAGAUAAAUAAAUCAAUUGUUGCUCCACUUCCAACUAAAUAUUCUGGUGCUUUCCGAGGUCUUGUCAAAAGCAUGCUGCGAAAGAACCCAGAACUUAGGCCAAAUGCUGCAGAGUUGCUCAGGCACCCACAUCUUCAACCUUAUGUUCUUAAGGUUCAGCUUAAGAUGAAUAGCCCUAGACGCAAUUCGUUACCUGGCCAGUGGCCUGAAUCCAAUUACAUAAAGAAAACACGAUUUGCAGAUUCAGAUCUUGCUCUUAACUCUUACAGGGAGAAGCGACAUUCAUUCAGUAAUGAUAGGGCAUUAAAUCCAAAUGCAUCUGCAGCAGACCAAGACUCCUUGUGUUUGACCAGAGGAAUACACCGUAGAUUGUCAGAAUUAUCCCUUGGAAGUAGUAAUGAAGGGACAGUCAUCUGUAAACCAAUUACUGCUUCAAAACCUUCAAGUAUUGCUCGGAUUUCAAAACAUACUCCGACAAAAGCUUCUGCCGCUCCCAAGAGAAGAGCAGAACCUAUGAAAAAGCGUGAAUCUCUACCUAUUACACGUACUUCAACAAAAAAAUCAGACUACACAAACCGCAGAGCAUCUUUCCCGUUGCAGACAAAAUCAACAAAUAUUGGCAUCCUUCAGGAUAUAAAAUCUCCGGAUGUUUCAGUCAAUGCGCCUCGAAUUGAUAAGAUAGCUGAAUUCCCAUUAGCUUCAUAUGAAGAAGCAUUUUUUCCCAUUCCCAUUCGGAAAACUUCUUCAGCUUCAGCACAAGGAUCAUGUGGAUCUCCAUAUCACGGUGAUCGCUCAAUUACAAAGGACAAAUGCACAGUUCAGAUUUGUGACAGAACCUCUACUGAGCCCAAAUUCACUGAUGCAUGGCAAGGGAUUGAUCGUAGCAUGUUUCAGGUAGACGAAGAAGAAGGAAGCAACUCCUCUAAUCAAAAUGCCACUGCAGGGGCAUCAAGCCGUACCUCAUCAGAUACGAGAGGUCGUAGGUUCGACACCUCAUCAUUCCAGCAGCGUGCUGAAGCUCUGGAAGGGCUGCUCGAGUUCAGUGCAAGAUUACUGCAAGAAGAAAGGUAUGACGAGCUUGGCGUGCUGCUAAAGCCGUUCGGGCCUGGCAAGGUUUCCCCUAGGGAAACUGCUAUAUGGUUGACGAAAAGCUUCAAAGAGAAUACUCAGAAACAGGAAGACUUAUAGUAAGUGGUUCCAUGUGUUGUACCAUAUUUUAGCUAAGACAGUUUUUAGAGCUCAGUGUAUCAGCUUUUUGCCAAUAAUAGAGGCACUAGAUAUUUAGGCAGAUGCUUUUUAGGUUGUAAAUUUCAAUGCCCCCUCUUCUAUUUUUCAGUGUUUUUUUUACUGAGGUAGGCAAUGUAAUGUAGUACUGCCAUAUUAAGGAUUCAGAACGCUACUGUAGCUGUACUUACUAUAUUUCAAUCGGAUAUAUCCAUGGCUAAUCUGCAGCUGAUA